AUGGUGAUGAUCUAUUUGCACAAACCAAAAUGGGUGCUGACUGAAAUUGAUGUAUACACAAUAGGAUCAGGAGUUACUGCAACUCUACAAACCUACCCAUCUGUAAUUAGCAGGCAGCACCUUCUGCUUAGACUACAAGUAGUAGCAGAUGGAAUGCAGUUGAACAAGUGACACACUUUAAAUACUUGGGUAAGGUGAUAA